AUGUGGUCAAAUGCAACCGGCGUAUGGGUACGCCUUAUGAAUGUGAUGCAUAUGCAGCAAGGUACUAUUGGAAGUCCAUCGAUCUGUAGUGCACCAAUGACACCUCAGCAGAUGGCCCAGCAACAACAACAGAAGCAGCAAGUUAUGUGCAAGGGACAGUCGCGUCAGCAGGACAAUUUGAUCAAAGCGGAGGAUUCACUCCACAACAGCAACAAAUGCCACAGGGGUAUCCGCAAGGGAUACCGGAAAGCCCAGGUGCUCUACACAUGCAGCAACAAAUGA